AGUUGAACAAAGAGCAGCCUAGAGUGUGCAUGCAACCAGUAUUUUCUUUACGUUUAAGCCUUGGAGUUGAUUUGUCCUUGCAUCGCUGUGAGCUCUUAGGGCCACCAUACGUUUCCAUAUAGAUGCAAAUACUUGGUGCUCAACAACAUCACAUCAUUUACAGAAAAGCACAAGUUGGACAUCUGUGACUUCACACCAGCGAACUCAGAGCAUCAGGAGCAAAAACUGAGUCUAGAAAACAGCUGAACGAUGAGUGCUGCUCAGAGUCAAACUACACUGAUGUCCAAACUGAAGGCCCUGCAGUGCCACUUCACCUGGGAUCUGGUCCCCAGUAGGAUGAAACUUCUCCGUCUCCGGGUCAUGCUGAAUGACAUUGGCACCAAGGAGGGAAACAGGUGGCAGGGUCACAUUUACAACCUGCGGGGGUUUGUUGAAUACAAGAUGAAAAACAUUGAUAAAGCAAAAAGUUCCUUCAGCAAGGCUGCAGAGGCCUUCCGCCUGCUGAGAAACGCAGACAAGGGUCCCUGGUUGGUGGUGAACUACGGGAACCUGGCUUGGCUGCACCACCGCCUGGGGGACAAAGCAGAGAGUGAGGCUUACCUGUCAAAGGUCAACGCCCUGAUGAAUAAAUACCCGUCUCCAUCCAAGGACGAGCUCCAUCCAGAGAUCUAUGCUGAAAAAGGCUGGACCCUGAUGGAGUUGAACCCAGGCCUGGCUGCAGAUUACUUCAAGAAAGCCAUCAGGAGGCAGCCAGACAUGGCGGAGUGGAAUCGCAGCCACUUAAUGGCGUCCGCAAAACAUGUUCUCGCCAUGGGAAAGGACCCAGAGAACUUAAACCGCAAUGUUUAUUACCUUGAGCAACUUGCUAUAAAAGGAUAUAAAAUUCAAGAAGAAGCUCGUGAGUUAGCACAACAGGUUUUAAGAAAUCCUGUUAGCAGCUACGACGGUAUUAACCCAUUGCUUAAGCUUUACAGAAACUAUGUAUCUCUUGAUGAGGCUAUUGAUUUUAUGGAGGAGGCCGUGGAGAAACAUCCAGAUAAAAGUUAUCUGAAGAGAUGUGCUGCACUCUGCUACAAAUGGAAGGUUUGUUUCGGAGACAGUCAGCCAAAGCAAAGUGUGAUAGACAGAGCAAUCACUCUCCACAAGGAGGUGAUUUCUCUUUACCCUGAUUCUUCACUUCAGAUGAAAAUAGACCUCGCAAACAUAUACGCAAAGUCAGGUUACAGUCUGGCUAAAGCUGAGCAGAUCUACCAGGAACUGUUAGAAACUGAGGUGGAACCUGUAAACAAACAGAUGCUUUACAGCAACUACGCAAAGUAUUUAUACUUUGAUCGGCAAGAGUACCAAAGUUCACUGCGAUAUCACAUGAAGGCGGCUGAGAUACCGCAACCUUCCCUCUAUCGGGACAACAGCAUCAAAGUUCUGGAGAAGCAUAGAGGCAGAAUGCGUAGAGAAAUACAGGAAUUUCUGCAAAACCUGUAGGAGCCACAGUGUUUUUAUCAGCACUGAUUCUAAAUCCAGAAAGAAAUUGUAGGUAUUGCAUCACCCCCAAAAAUGUAAACAUACACAUGGAUUACAUACAAAGGAAGGUUUGUGCAAAUUGCGGAAAAGUGAGCUGCUGAUCGGUAAGUUUGACCUUAUUCAGUGUAAAUAAUUAGAGGUUAACUUUAUCCGAGGAAGUGAAUCUAAAGAUGGUGAUUCCAUUGAAACAAAUUGAUUUUGCUUUUAUAAAUGCGAGCAUCAGCCAGUAUGCAUGAAUCACAAUGUUAAAUUUAUAGAGAAAUACAUAAAUGUUGCUUAUUUGCUUCCAUUGGGUCUUCAUUGAAAACCACUUAAAUGUGGAGGUUUAUUCAUCAUUUUUUCUUCUCCAAUAUUUAAAUCAGAAGAGAAGAAGACUGAACAUCUGACUCAAACCCUGUAAUAUGCAAUUAAUUAAUUGUUGGUUUUAUUGUUUUCAUGGUUAACACAAAGAUAAAAUAGUGUAUGUUCAGAGCUGUGUCCUUUAAAGAACCCCCC